UCAGUGUGCCAUGUGGGCAUGACAGCAUGAAAGAACAGGACCUUUGCAACAAGAUAAUGGCUAAAAUUCUGGAAAAUUACAAUACCCUGUUUGAAAUAGAAUAUAUAAAAAAUGAUAAUCAGAGACAUGACAAACAGGCCAGGCUUAUCGUAGUAAAAGAGGCCAGUUGUAAGAACUCUCUACCCAUCCUUUUGACAAAAGGCUCAGAGAAAGAGAUGUUAAAACCAUCUCCAAAAGCCAAGUUUCGUGUUUUAGAUCCCAAAGUCCAAGAGUGAGGAAUCCAUUCAGUCCCACCAAGUGCUGAAGCCAGAGCUAUCUGAUUGUGCUUCUCAGAUCAGUCUGCAGCUAAGUCAUAGGAAACCUUGCUUGGAUGACGUGAAUUCAGCAGAAGAUAGCAGCAGUGCCAAGUGUGU